UCGUUAUGUGACGUCAGUGUUUGGGUAACAACAAACAUGGCGACGACCGUGCGCUCGCGAGAGAAGUGUUUUGUAGAGUUUCAUGAGAUUUAAUUUUGCAACUGAACAUUUUCCUUGUCGUAAAACAGGCUGUUCAAUUUUUCAAAGCGGACUGAAGAUUAACAGCUACAGUGACCGUUCAGGAUAUCCAGAAAUUUGCAAAUUAAAUCGUAUUUAAUGGGUGAAAUAGUCCCCACAAAAGCUUCAACAACAGACACAAAUGAAGCCGGUAAUAUGACGGAUUUGGACGACGAAAAGCUGCAGGAUUUGUACGCAUGGGUCGACGAGAUUCCAUUGAGCCGUGCGAAAAGGAACAUGACUCGCGAUUUCAGUGACGGUGUUUUGGUUGCGGAGAUUGUACAUCAUUUUGUGCCAAAGAUUGUCGACGUUCACAACUACUCGCCAGCGAACUCCACCCAGCAGAAGAUGAGCAACUGGGGAACGUUAAACAGAAAAGUCUUUCCCAGAAUCGGCUUCAAUAUGCAAGAGGUGGUGGUACGCAGUGUGUGUAACAGCAAGCCAGGAGUCGUUGAGGCUGUGCUGUGGCAAUUGAGACACAAGAUUGAUCUCUAUCUCAGGCAGACCAACAAAUCAGAUAAGUUGUCUCCCGAUGGCUACUAUGGUGGAAAAGAAGUUGGUUCUGGUGCUGGCAAGGCGGACAAGACUCAUGGCCGAGCUGGAGGCAGCAAAGCGCCCAAACACCCGCCCCAAGCUCCCAAGGCGCCGACUGUACACGCAGGCACAAAAGGAACUAGCCAUGUAGGAAGAGUGAGAUCUAUCAACCACACGAAUGAGUUCAGCACAGAAUUCAGGCUUUUACUAGAGGAGAAGGAACAGAACCUCCUGGCAUCGCAAGAAACAGUCCAGAUACUACAAGCAAAAGUAAGGAGGCUGGAGCAGUUGCUUCAGUUGAAGGACAUCCGAAUCGAGGAGCAGGCCAAACGAAUAGAACAGCUGGAGAGAAGAUACUAGAACUCAGUACAUAAGAUUCUCAUUGUAUCAUAAAUUGUGUAUAAUAGCUAUGUACAUUUUUGGACAUAUAAGUAUGGAAGGAUAUAGCUGUACAGUAGUCGACAGUGGGGCUAUUAAGGGGAGAGGCAGUGGGAGUAGCAAGUAGCAAGUUAGCAACGGAGAAACCUUGCCUGUGUUGUAUGAUUUCCUGACACAAGAGGGCCUGUGAGCAUCUUAUGCUAGGCUCAGGUGUAUACCUGUCUGUGUAGUGGUUUAUAGUACAUGUAAGUCCUUAUUACUGGAACCAGAGGGCACCAAACAAUGCCUUCUUGGUAUGUGAAUGCCUUUUGUUAGAUACCAGAUAAUCUAAAAAGUGGUCCAAUUUGGAAUUCAAGUCUUUUCAUUUAAUUAGCUGUAUCUCUGGACUGGGGUGUCCAAAUGAGAUGGGAUAAAGACCAUUGUGUAGAGUAUUUACUACACCUUCAGACUCUAGAGAUCAGUUUUGCAAAAAACAGUGCUAGUAUUUGUAAUAUUAAUGGAUUGACUGCUACAUUUUUUUUUAUUGACACACGCUGUGUGCCUUUAAGCAUGUCUACUUUAAUUCUCCUGGUUCAGAUUUUGAUUUCUCUACCUCCCUGUUUUCAAUGUUUCAAAUUUCAAAUUUGUCUACCUCCCAGUUUUCAAGGUGGCAAUUGUUUUUUUAAAUUAUCUCAUCUCACUGGCUUUAUGAGAAGUGGCUUGGACUAGCAGUCUGUUUCCAGAACAGGCUUUGAAUUGGUUACAAAGGAAGGUCAUGCCCCUUCUGAAAUUUGGCUCGAAAUUGAAAGGGAAUUGAAGGACAUUUUAUAAUAGCAUUUUAAUAAUCUCGUAUCUUCAGUUGAGAAUUGGUAGAUAAGGACUGGACACCAGUUGUCGGUCAGGAUAAUGUAAAGAUGUGUUUACUGUGGUCUUCCCCACUAGAAUUGAGUAAGUUGUUAGUUUUCGUUAAACCUUUUCACUUCGAAUUUCUACUAAGUUCUAUCAAUGAUUUUCAGUUUUAGGAUUGUCUUCUUACCGUAGGCCACACCCAGUGGGGACUAACAUCCCAACAUUUAAAACCCUAGUUGUAUCAAGGGAAAUAUUAGACUAUUUGGGACUUUGGAAGUGUCAAUAAAUUUGUUCGACAAACUCUUUCAGUUUUUGAGGCUUGUUUAUAUACAGUAACACAAGUUUUCAUCCUUUGGCCAAAAUUUCUUAUGAGCUUACUGGUGUUCUAUCAGCAGUUUCAAUUCACCCACGUGACAAGCUCUCGACCAAUAGGAAUGGCUAAACUCUCGGGUAUUUUAUGAAUUUUAAUGUAAGUACUAUUAAAAAUGUAUAAGUACCGUACUCAUUCGCUCGCCCGAUUGUAUAAGACUUUACUCACGAGUCGGCCAUAUUAAAUUGAAAGCGAGGUAAACUCUUCAGUUUUCGAACUUGUGAGUAGAAAUAAAGGCAAUGAAAUAACAGUUCAUUACAAAUUAA